AGCGUUGAGGGUGGGAGAUGAGCGAACUUGAGGGUUAAGCUGGAAGCUGGAGUAAGGGCUAAUUUUUAUACGCUUGCGUCUGGAGAUAAGCCGUAGCGUUGGAUCAAGAUCUGAUCCGCAAAACGUGCGACAUUUCUUCUGUCCGCUCAAUCAUCGUUGUUUGGAAGGCCGUGGACUAUCAUGAACUGAACGUGUUUCGUGGACCUCAAAAUACAACGUGGCUCUGAAUCCUCAGAUAUACACUUUGGAAACGGGACAAGCAAAGGGGAAGGAGAAGUUUUUUUUCCUUUAUAAAGUAUUCAUCAACAGAAAUGUGGGCUCCAGCUUGAUGCCCUACUUGAACUUCGUCGCUGGAUUCGUCGUCGUUUCUCAUUUCCCGUCCUUCUCAGGCUGCCCAUUAACUCGCAUUUUUUCUCCUACUCAUUUUUCUCCUGAUGACGAUCAUGAAGUUUACUUUCAUUGCAUUGCCCGUCCCCACCCCCGUCGCGUCGGAUUGACAUCCACACUCCUUCUCAACGGAAUGGGUUAUCAACCUCACGGAGACGGCGAAGUCUCAAUUUCCAUCGAAUCCUUCGCACAUUUGGGUGAACCGAAAUCUAUGGGUCCCCUCACUCAUCUCCUGAACGAAACGCUGCACAAGCUACACGUUGACGUCGACCACAUAGGGGAUCAUAUGGCAACAGCGGUGGAAAGACUGAGGCUCUUCGCCGCCGUCGGUAUCCCAUUGGACAAAUUAGAACUUACCAUCAAUGGAUGCGAGAAGAAAACCGUGUCGCUCCCUCGUACGGGGUUCACAAACCUUGGGAUCGUUCAAGCUAGUGUAUCUGUCGGUAAAUGUCCGAGCGCAUUGCUUACUGCGAAGACUCACAACUCGGAGACUGCCACGAUAUAUUCUUCACCUCCUACUGGGCUUGGCGUCAUAUCCGAUAUCGACGAUACUAUAAAGAUCACGGACGUACUCGAUCCUGACAAGAUGAUUGAGAAUACGAUGUACAAGGACCCGGUUCCAGUUGCAGGGAUGCCCGUUCUCUAUGCCUCUCUCGCAAAGUCUCUGACGACUCAAUCCAUCCCACCACAAUUCAUAUACCUCUCCGGUUCCCCCUUCGAGUUGUUCCCAUUCCUUUCUUCGUUCCUUAAAUCACAGUUCUCUGCCUCUCUCGGACCUCUCCUCCUGCAGAGCCUCUCCAUCACGAACCCGGCGGAGAUAUUCAAGUCAUUGGGUGAUGGGAAAUCAGGACAAGGGAAGAUCGACUACAAGGUCGGGCAGAUAAAGAGGAUUAACGGCUAUUAUCCUCAAAAAAGUUUUCUGACCAUCGGAGAUUCUGGUGAAAAGGAUCCGGAAGUUUAUGGAAAAGCAUACAAUGAAUUCGGCGGAAAGUUCAUUCGCUGUAUUUGGAUCCAUCUCAUCGACGAUAAGAAGGCGGAUAAUAGCGAUGAACGGUUCGAAGCAGCGUUCAAGGGUGUGCCUGAAGACAGGAUUCGGAAGUUUCACACAUCGGAAAUCCCGAGCUUGAGCAAAAUUGACGUUGCUGGGGGUAAAUGUAAUUAAUUAUGGAUGACUGUAUUGCAUACUUGAACUCUCGGGGCGUUUUUUUCCUGAUUAAUCUGUGCCAAGUUGCAUGCAAGUCACUUUCAAUACGUCUGAAGACAGAAGAGUGGUUUUAUCCAUAGUUUUACAUAAUAUACACUGUUACAAGACGCAGAACGGAAAUUGAAAGCAUA